AUGAUGAUGACUGUUGAUCUCUUAAACCGUCGGUUGUCAUAUGUCGGCGCAUUUUUUGCAUUUGCUGCUGUUGUUCUUGGCGUUAUUGCAUUGGCAACAAAUUACUGGACGAUGGUGGGAGUUCGAACUCCAAGUGCGGCCAUUACGACAGUUAAUGGAACGCAUCUCGUCAGUGAGAAUUUUGACUGGACAUGGAGAGGUCUAUUUUAUUUCUGCAUGAGUCGUGACAACAACGAAUGUCGAUUCAGCUUUAUGCCAUCAGUAUUCAUUCUUUGCUUAAUUGGACUGAUGUUUGUGCUCGUCGGUGGAAUAUUUCUUUGUUGGGACAUGUUCAAGAUCAGUGACCGCAGAUUUAUUAUUCCGAUGUUAUUCUUCAUUGCUUGUGUGUUAAUGACAGCUGGUGUAUUCGAAUAUGCAACAUGGCAAAAUCUCAAUUCUCAUUCAUCUCGAAUGAUGAUUGCAGCUAUGGUUUUCGUUUAUUCAGCUUUACCAAUUGCUGCUUUCAUUGCCGGUCGGUAUUCAGUUUUCGAUCGAUUCGGUGCUAAUGGACACGUUAGCAAUGGACAAAAAUAUGUUGCUACAGCCACAAAUGGAAAUUAA